AUGGCGUCUGUCUCAACAGUCUCCUCUACUUCUCGACUUCUCAUGGUCCAGUUCGCAGGCGCGGAUGAGAAGGCGUUUAAAUCCGCCUUAUCGAUCCAUGACAUGUACUGGAAAUCACUGCCCACCAUGCACGGCGCAGCUACGAUGACCAACGAUGACCUGUACCGUGACAUCGCGAAGGCGAACGAUCACGCUGAGCGAAGGGAGCUAGAAGAGCUGCGCAGAAUAGUGCUGGAGAAAGAGAUGGAAACCGCGGCACACGCUCAGGAGAAGAGCGUGCUUGUAGCGGAGAACGGAAAACUUCGCACGGACUUGAUGCGCCAUCAAUCCGAAAGGGCAGCAGAAAAGAAGGCUAAAUCCUCGGACGACAAACGACAUCAAAAGAGCCGUGCGGACCUGAGGAGGCGGAACAAGUCCUUGGCUAAGGAAAAGGACAGACUCUCCCUUGAGGUCUCUAAUCUACGGGAACGUAUAUGGCAGCUAGACACUGAGUCCUCUGAAAUUCGAGCAGAAAACAUCGAGUCUCAGCGGACACUCGAGGCGCUUAAUGAGCGCAACGAGGCUCUCAGCGUGGAAAAAGUCAAGCUACUGGCGGAGAAAAUAAAGCUACGGGGCGACUUGAACCGCCAGCUGACCGAACGGAAGGCAGAGAAGACAGCCUUGAUUCAAGCCAGUGCCAAAGAAGCAAAAAGAUACUCUCAGCAUUGCGUCGUUCUGAAGCAGCUGAACACGGAUCUUACGUGGAAGAACGACCAGCUUUCUGCGGAGAACACCGGGUAUCGAAAAGAGGCUGAACGCCUGUCAAAGGAGCAUCUAGCAAAGGUGGAUGCUCUCCUUCUGGAGAUCGCCGAACUUCGCGAAAAGCAGCGGCAAUGUCACCCCGUUCUGGAACAUAGGGUAGAAGCGCUCUCUCGGGAAAGGGACCAUCUCCUGGCGGCCAGAGCGGAAUACCAGGGCACAUUGGAGAAGCAGUCGGCGGAAAGAAAAGAGGAAGCGAAGGCUUAUACACGAAUGAUCGCCGAAGAAGGUCGCCGAAAUGAACAGCGCUUCAAGGAGCUGCAAGAACGAAAUGCGAUACUUUACCAGGAGAAGGAAACACUAUACUCCGAACAAGCUAUACUCCGAGAUGAACUGGCUCGCCAGGUCAUCGAGCUGGGGCAGACAAAAGAGCUCAUCAACCGCGCGAGCGCUAGGACUGCUGACCAGGAUCUGGAGAAGCGUAACGCAGAGUUAGCCGAGGAGAACAGCAUGCUCAAAGCGGCGCAAACCUCGCUCGUCAGCGACCUGCAGCGCGACUUCGUAGAGAAGAGCGCAAGAACUGCACGACUCCUACAAGAGAACGCCACUCUCGCGCAGAAAAAGGACGCGCUCCAAGGAGAAAAGGACGCUCUCAAGCGCCGACUCGUGGAAGAACACAGGAGUCUCCGUCAGCGUUGCGAUAAUCUGGAGGCUCAAACGCGUACCUUUGCGCAGGUCUCUGGAGAGCUCGCGUCAGCGAAGCAGAUGGUAACCUGGCUCACUGAUCAGCUCGAAGCAAAGGCGCAAGAGUUGAGAGAGGCGGAGGAACGCUGGAUUAAACGGGAGGAAUAA